AUGAUUAAAUAUAAAAGUAGAAGAGGAAUACAAAUUUUAUUUGCUCUUAAACAUCUCAUUACUGCAAGUUUCUCUUAGGAUAUCUAUCUCAUAAUAAUAUCAGCAGCCAAUUUAAUGGUGUAAGUCAUUUUGCUCAAGAAGAAUCUACAUUCGAUUUGGAAAUACAUAAGAAUAUUACUCCUCCUAGAGUUAUGUUUCUUUGAUCACUAAUUUACGCCUCCAAUUAUUGUGUCUAUAAAUUUUAACAUCAAGUUUAAGAUCGUAAUACUGGUCCUUUAUUGCUGUCGUGUAAGCUUUAUUUAUUUCAAAGUUUUCCAAAUCAUAGAUUGGGUUUACUUAGGAAUUCUAUUUGUAUCAUUCAUAUUCUACAUCUACUCCUAUGAUAGUAAAUAACUAAACAGUAAGAAUUAGAUAUCAUCUGAAAGAAAAUUGUCAUAUCUUAACAUAAACUCCUAGACAGAUUAGUAAGAUGUAUUUGAUCUCUUUAAUUUUCUACCAUUUGGAAUUUGCAUUUUGGAUGAUAAAUAAAACAUUACAAAUUCUAAUUACAAAGCGAAAAAAUAUUGUUCAAAUAUCAAAGAAGAAAAUUUUUAGUCCCAAUUGUUUAUGAUGAUUUAAAAGGCUUGCCUACAGUAAUUGGACAAGAAAUCCAUAUUCAAUUCUUCUGAGGAUUAAAUGUCUGAGUUUUAGAUGAAAAGAUUAUAAUCUUUCAGUCAGACUAGAAAAAAAGCCAUAUCUUAACAGAGAUAAUUUAGUAAUUUUAUUGAUAUUUCUUAAAUAAUCAACAAACACAAGACAAAUAGAGGAGUCUCAGAUAGUUUUAAUCAAAAUGCUCUCAAAUAUAGAGAUCCUACUACGACCAAGACAUAUGAAAUUAAAAUAUACGAGAUUACUUAAGGAAGUAUGAUUUGUAUACAGAAUAUAUCAAAAAAAGAAAGACAAUUUGAAAUUCGAGAAAGAUUUCGGUUUUAAUCAAUGCUGAUAAACUCUUUUUCUCAUGAAUUGAAAACCCCAUUAAAUUGCUCAUUGGCCCUUUUAUAAAUAUUAGAAUAAGAAUUAAAAUCUGAAAAACUAUAAUAACACUAACAAAUUGAAUAGACUUAUUUAAAACCUGCAAUCAUUUCAAACAGAAAACUGUUACAUUAGAUCAACGAUAUUCUUGAUUAUGCUAAUUUUGAAGCAUCAACAUUCUAAUUAAGACCAAGUUCAUUUAAAAUAUCAACAUUAAUCCAAACAAUAGAUUAUUAUUUUAAGGAUGAAUGCCGAUAAAAAUAAAUUAACUUUGUUGUUCAAACUUGUGAUGACAGCACAAUAAAUAAUGACUAUGAUAGAAUAGUCUAAAUUUUAGUAAACUUAUUAAAUAAUUCAGUCAAAUUUACUAAACAAAAUGGCCUAAUAUAAUUCAAUAUAAACAGAAUGGGUUCAAUUUAUUCAUUUGAAGUGUUUGACACUGGUUGUGGGAUCUCUGUUGAAAAACUCUAUCUGAUUAACAAAAUCCUCUAAAAUCAAGAAACUGACAUCCUAAAAAGAGGAGAUGAAGAUUACAUCUAAUAUGUUGGUCUUGGAUUAAAGGUUUCAAGUUAAAUCGCAUUAAAAUUAUGCCAUAAAGGCGAGUUAUCUAUAACGAGUUCAUUAAAUUAAUUUACAAAGGGAAGGUUUUACGUUUAAGAUCUAAGUACACAGGAAGAGAUUCUUACAAUACCAACUGAUGAAUUCAUUUAGAUCCCUUAUUAAAGUAAAACUAAAAAGUAAUGUCAUUGCAGUCAUGUAUUGAUUGUAGAUGAUAUUCCCUUCAAUCAUUUAGCAUUCAUUACAGUCUUAAAAUAUUUUAAUAUAAAAUGCGAUAGUGCUUAUGAUGGAGUGAUGGCCAUCGAAAUGGUUAAGAAGAAGUAUGAUACUUGUUAAUGUGGAUAUAAAUUAAUUUUCAUGGAUAUUGAUAUGCCUGGGAUUGAUGGUUAUCAAUGCAGCAAAGAAAUUUCAUAGUUUUUAUAAUAGAAGAACAUUUUGUCAUUCAUUAUUAUGUGUAGUGCUUUCGAUAGCAAAGAGAAUAUUGACAUAGCGUAUAAAUCGGGAAUGAAUGAUGUCUUGCCUAAACCCAUAGAUACACAACAACUUAAAAAAAUACUCAGCAAAUAUUAUUUUUGA